AUGGGUAUCAUCUUCUACCUCCUGCACCCGAACCAGCUCCGCUCCAUCAUCCAAUGGAAGGUCUGGCACGACCCCGUUCACCGUCGCGACCCCUCCAAGGAGGACCCUACUCUGACGGCAUGCUUCGAACACCUCAACAAGACGAGCCGUAGCUUCUCCGCCGUCAUCCAGGAGCUCAACCCCGAGCUGCUGGUCCCCGUCUGCCUAUUUUACCUCGUCCUGCGUGGCCUCGACACCAUCGAAGAUGACAUGACGCUCGACAUCAAGGAGAAAGAGCCGCUCCUGCGCCACUUCGACCAGUACAUGGAGACGGAUGGCUGGACGUUCACCAAGAACGGCCCCAACGAGAAGGACCGCAACCUGUUGGUGCACUUUGACGAUGUCGUUACCGAGCUGAAGAAGAUCAAGAAGCCCUACUACGACGUCAUCAAGGACAUCACCAUCAAGAUGGGCAACGGCAUGGCCGACUACGCCAACAACGCCGCCUUCAACGAACACGGCGUCGCUACCGUCAAGGAAUACGAGCUGUACUGCCACUACGUUGCCGGCCUCGUCGGUGACGGCCUGACGCGUCUCUUUGUCGAGGGCAACAUGGCCAACCCCAAGCUCCUCGAGCGCCCCGAGCUCACCGAGUCCAUGGGCCAGUUCCUGCAAAAGACCAACAUCAUCCGCGACGUCCACGAGGACUACCUCGACAAGCGCCGCUUCUGGCCCAAGGACAUCUGGAGCAAGCACGUCGACACCUGGGACGACCUCUUCAAGCCCGAGCACCAGCGCCAGGCCCUCGAGUGCAGCUCCGAGAUGGUCCUCAACGCCCUCAAGCACGCCGAGGAGUGCCUGUUCUACAUGGCUGGCAUCAAGGACCAGAGCGUCUUCAACUUCGUUGCCAUCCCCCAGAGCAUGGCCAUUGCCACGCUCGAGCUCGUCUUCCGCAACCCCGCCAUCUUCAACAGCCACAUCAAGAUCACAAAGGGCGAUGCAUGCCAGCUCAUGAGCGAGUCAACACAGAACCUCUUUGUUGUGUGUGAGGUUUUCAGGAGAUAUAUCCGCCGGAUUCACAAGAAGAACGACCCGCGUGACCCCAACUUUGUGCAAAUUAGCGUGCAGUGUGGCAAGAUUGAGCAGUUCAUCGACUCUCUGUUCCCGAGACAGGACCCCAAGAAGCUCGGAGAAACGGCGAAACAGAAAGAGCGGGGCCAGCCGGGCAUGGACCCAGGCGAAGCCUUCAUAUUGGGCGGCAUGGUCCUGCUGACCCUCUUUUUCGUCUCUGCUCUUAUGAUUGGCACGGCCUGGUUCUUUGGUGCGCGCUUUGACUCGCUCUGGAAGACGGAGAGCGUCUACUGGCCCGGCACGGAGCCCGGCUCGGCGCGGCCCAUCGACCACAAGGAGCUGUAA